AUGCGAUUCACUUUUCUUCGUCUAUUAACACGCAGACCUGACCGUCGACCAUUAUAUCGUAGAAUUUUUACUAAUAAACGUUUGGAUAUUGCACAUUUAGUUACUUUACGUUUAUUAUUUGGUACAGUACUUCUUAUUUCAUCCUUCUCUGCGGUUAACAUCUUUGUUUAUUACAAAUAUAUAAAACCCAUUCAACGUGAAAAAGCAGAACAAAUUGAAAAAGAAUUAUUAGAAGCUGAUCUUGCUGGAUUUAAAGUUAAGUAA